CCACGAACUGUUCACGCUCUCCUCUGCUCAGUGCCCCUUCGGCAGCGGGCAGCCUUGGUCUUUCCCCCUGUAGUCAUGGGCGCUGCAACUUCGUCUAUCUUCACCGGGCUCUUCUUCCCCCAGCUCCGCCUCGGCCUAGCGCUCCCAGUCUCGGCACAACCCAGGGCCGCCUGGCUCCGGGCGGCGGUUCUGGGACUGACUGCCGCCGCCGCGCUGACCGCAGCCGCCUGGAGCACUAGAGGCGGGCACUGGCGUUGGCGGCGGCAGCGAAAGCGGCAGCGGCUGCAGCAGGUGGGCACCGUGGCGCAGCUCUGGAUCUACCCCAUCAAGUCCUGCAAGGGGGUGCCUGUGAACGAGGCAGAAUGCACGCCGAUGGGGCUGCGCAGCGGACACCUGAGGGACAGGUUUUGGCUCAUCAUAAAUGAAGAUGGGAACAUGGUCACUGCUCGACAGGAGCCCCGCCUGGUUCUGAUUUCUCUAACCUGUGAAAAUGACUCCUUGACCCUCAGUGCAGCCUAUACCCAGGACCUGAUUCUGCCCGUCAAAGCCCCCACCUCAAAUGUGGUACGGAAGUGCAGAAUUCGUGGCUUGGAAAUUGAAGGCAGGGAUUGUGGCGAUGAGGCAGCCCAAUGGAUUACCAGCUUUCUGAAGACACAGCCCUAUCGGCUGGUGCAUUUUGAACCUCACAUGCGGCCAAGAAAUUCCAAACAAAUAGAGUCUGCUUUCCGGACUAUAGAUAAGGUUGCUUACCCUGAUGCCAGUCCUUUCUUGAUUAUCUCUGAGGCAUCGUUAGCAGAUCUCAAUUCCAGGCUUGAGAAGAAAGUUAAAGCAAACAACUUCCGACCAAAUAUAGUGAUUUCAGGAUGUGGAGUUUUUGAGGAGUCAACAAUUACACUAGCCACCAGCCUUCAUCACUGGAAGAAAAUAUCUUCUGUUUGGGAACCUGCUUCUACUUCAUCCAUGAUCUUAGCUCUUACUGCUCUUUUUUCUCUUUGCAGUUAUCGGCAAUGUGAUCCUUCAGACCAAAAGGUGUAUGGCAAGGCACCUCUCUUUGGACAGUAUUUUGUCCUAGAAGAUCCAGGAACAAUCAAAGUGGGAGAUCCAGUAUACCUCUUGGAACAGUGACAGUGGCAUUAUUUUCUUGGGUGGCAGAUCCCUUUUGUUCUUGCUGGGAAAUAACUACUUUUAAACACAGUUUUUGGCAAUGAA